UCAGAUCCCUGUGCUUCUCAUUUCUUAGUGAGGUGUAUGAAAUUAACUGUGCAUAAUUCUUUCGUAAUUACUAUUUUGUAAUUAACUUUGAAGAUCCACAACUAUUUCUCCUCUCACCUAUUUCAGGCGUGAAUGAACGACUCACAGAUGCUGAAAUCGAAAGAGAACUGCUAAGAGUAAUAGAGGGCAGUGACGUUAGGGACUUCUCAGAUGAGGAAGACCUUGAUAUUACUACAAAUACAUACUUGUAUGUUCCUGAAGCCAAAAGUGAGAGUUCAUCAGACAUGAAUGAAACUGAAAAUAAUAACCUAAGCCCAAGCACUUCAACUAUGAGAAAAGGGGCUGCUGGAAAAUCAAAAGUAGAACCUAGACAAAUGUUUUGGAUAAAGAAGGAUCUACUAUUGAUCACACAGCUGAUGUCACCGAGGAGUGGUCAGUGCAUGACAGGGUACUAUGGACACCACUAAGAUAUUUUGAGCAGUAUUUUGGAAAUGACAUGUAACGUCUCAUUGCUGAGCAGACAGACAUAAAGGUGCCUCAGGAUAACCAGGUUCCGUUAAAUGCAACAGCUACAGAAAUUAAGAAACUCGUGGGUGCACACAUAAUAACAGGUUGUAUGAAACUACCAAGACUGAGAAUGUAUUAUCGCAGUAGAAUGAGGGACCCUGCAGUAACUACAGUUCCAAGGAAUCGUAUGUUCAAAUUGGGGAUAUACUUGCCUUUGUGAAUAAUCUGAGUGUUCCAGAUGAACUCAAGAGAAUUAACAAACUAUGGAAUGUGCAACCAGUCCUUGACAGUAUUAGGAGAAAAUGUCUCUCACUGCGAAUUUCUAGCCACCUUUCGAUAGAUGAACAAAUGAUUCCUUUCAUGGCAAACAUCUCUUAGACAGUAUGUCAAGAACAAGCUGAAUUCAGUCGGUCUGAAGAAUUUUGUGCUGACAACUUCUGAUGGGCUAGUACUUGACUUUUUCAUUUACCAAGGAGCAAGCACUUGGCUUUCUGGACAACCAAAGCCAGAUCUCGGUUUGGGAGGUUCUGUGGUGAAGAAGCUGGUGGAGAGUAGGUUUUCCAGUGAGCAUGUUGUGUAUUAUGACCGAUGUUUCCCAUCAAUUACACUAUUACAAUACCUGAUGGAAAGAAAAAUAUAUGCAGUAGGAACGAUUUUAGUCAGCCAUAUUCCAUCUGCUCUCAAACCGAAACUCACUGCAGACGAGGAAUUGAUGAAGAGAGGGAGAGGUUCCUUCGACAAGUUCGUCAGAGAAGAUGGAAAAAUUUCUAUUUUGAAAUGGAUCGAUAAUCGUUCUGUAACAAUAGCAUCUACAUUCUCUGGUGCUUCUCCUUCUAAUGUAGUGAAAAUAUGGGACAGAAAAGCAAAAGAGUGACUAUAACAAAUCAAUGGAAGGUGUGGAUCUUUGUGACAGAAUGACUUCCUACUACCGAAUCUCCAUAUGCAUGAAGAAGUGGCCUGUAAGAGUCUUCUUCCAUUUCAUUGACAUGGUAAUUGUGAACUUGUGCAUUCAUCACAAAAAGGAUCAGCAGGCACUAGGUGUAGGAAAGAUAUCAGUCAUGGAUUUACUAGAUUUCAAGAUUCACAAUGGUGAAUCACUGAGUUCGGCUGCAACUGUUGCAAGACAGGACAUUGACUCUUCAGAAUAUGAAUCUGAAUUUCAUGAAAUGGCUCCUACAAAAUGUGCAAAAAUAGUUCAAAUUCCAAACAGAGAUGUUAGGAGAAGUGAGAGCAAACAUUUACCUCUUCCCAAUUACAGACAAAAAUAAAUGGAUGAGAUGCUGUAGCAAGGGCUGCAAAGCUGAAACCAAGUUCAUAUACUCAAAAUGCCAAGUGUAUUUGUGUAUAACUAGUGACAGAAAAUAUUUCUUUGACUUCCAGAAUUUAAAUCGAGAAUAAUGUACUACCACAAUUUCAG